AUGUUGUGGAGAAUAUCUUAUAAGCAAUUCAUAUUACUAUUAACAAUAGCUCGAACAACUGCAAUUAAUAUAGAAUUAUUGCAGAAUAAUGUCAGCAACACAGCACCGCUUAUGAAAUGUUUCAGUUUAGUGUCUGAAAAUCAUCAUAAUAGCUUUAAAAGCGCUAUAACAAUUUAUGAAAAUAAUAACGUUUCUGAAGAUGCAGCCGAUGGUUUACUAAAUGCUCUACUAGAAAAUGGAAAACCAUAUAUAAAAAUUUCUGAUAAACAUGCCUUACAAAGACUUAUUGAGGCUUAUGAUGGCACAAUGCUUAUUGUCACCUAUUAUCAAACUUGCGACGAACUAUUCUUACAUAUUGACUUGGAAAUUUUCGAUAUUCAUACCCGCUAUCUAAUUAUAAUCGUUGCUUUGCCAGAUGAAGUAUGUAUUAGAAAUUUAAAUAAAGUUUUGGAUUCAAUUCGACAUUACGAUAUUACUUUUCUUACUAAGGAUCGAAGUGAAGAUAUGUUUAAGAUACAAAAAUUUAUUCUUGAUAUUGAUGAAGAAACUUGUAAUUUUGCUGAAAUAAUUCCAAUUGAAACAAUAAACGUGUGUCAUAAUGGUUCGCUACAAGGAAAAAACAUAACAGAUGUUUUUCGUAUUAAAAUACCAACGAACUUUAAAAAAUGUAACUUUAGUGUAGGAAUGGCAACUUUAUUUCCAUAUUCUAUGUUAGAAAAUAAAGAGUUAUACAAAGAUCUCGAUGAUGUAGAUAACCAAUGCUACGGUGCCGAUGUGGAGUUUAUGAAAAUAUUCGCAGACAUAUUUAAUCUUACUUUGAAAUUAUAUUACAUUUUCAGGGAAGAAGAAAAUCCAUAUUUACGUAAGGAAUUUUUGGGAUAUCUUCAUAAUAGGACAAUAGAUGCUUGUGCUGGAGGUCUUUAUAGAAUUUAUGGAAAUAGUGUUGCAUACUCUGGUAUAUAUUCCGGACAGACAGUAAUUUGGGUGUAUACUGUUGAGAGAGAAGUAAAAUCAUGGCAAGCAUUAGUUAAAAAAACAACCGGGCUGUAUAUAUUUUUCAUAUUUUAUAUCUGCUACGCAAUACUUUGGAAACUGAUGUGCAAAUUUGACAAUCAGAUUUGUUCAAUAAGAGACACUCUAUUCUACGGUUGGGGAGCCUUAGUUGGGGCAUCAGGCCUACAAGAUGCUCCAAGUCUGAAAUUAAAGAUUUUAAAUGUUUUUUAUCUAAUCCUGUGCAUACAUUUAUCAUCUUACAUCAGCACACAGAUCUACUACUAUCUAACUAUUGAAGGGCCACCGGAAACUUAUAAUACAGCUGAAGAAUUAUCAGUUUCAAGUAAGACACCUUACUUAAGAAUGGAAACGAAAUAUUUCGUUAAGGAUCACAAGCACGAAGUAUUUGUAAAUAGAUCUGGUGACUGCGCCGGUUUUGUAGAUUGUGAAAAUAUGAUGUUAAAAUAUAAAGGAUCAACACUUAUUAUCAAUGGGCAUUUGCCUUCAUUGCAAUCAUCCACUGCAGUUAAUGACGAGGCAAGAGUGUUAAGGGUCCCAGAGAACGUUUUGUUCGUUUAUCAUGAAAUGCUAAUGAGAAAAGAUCACAUUCUUGUUCCCAAAUUUGAUGUAAAAGCAGCGACACUGUUUGAAGCAGGCAUAUUUGAGAAAUUGUAUGUAGAAGCAAUUGGAAUUACCGUAGUGGAUAAAGCCAGGAUUGUGAAUAAGAAUAUAUUAUCCAACAGCUACAGUUGCAUUGUUGGAUGCCAAAUUACGUUGCGCGAGUUGGCUGGUGCCUUCUAUAUAUGGAUUAUUGGAUGUAUUCUUUCCUGCUGUACUUUUGUAGCAGAAAUAGUUUUGAAUACUAAAAAACCUACUCUACAAGAA